AUGGAGACAUCUCCGGAACCAACCAGAAACGUGCAGUUACUACAGAGGGGCCUUCGUUCCAAAGCCUUUUGGCCACUGAAGAGUGGCGGCAAGGAAAUCUUACCAUUCCGAAAAAUAAGCGUUGUCGUGGUUGAGGCACACAGUGAUGCCCUCACUCACAUAUACCGAGCUAUCGGUUCAAAAAAGGUUCCCUUCAUGGGACUGAAGUUGUUGCACUUUGAUUCCCACCCGGAUUUGUGCAUUCCACCCGUUUUAUCGUCAGUUGUAAAGUCCGAUCCUAUUGAAUUGCUGGAGAAAGUUGAGAUUCAGAGCUGGAUAAUGCCAAGUGUGUUCGCUGGCCACAUUGACCACGUAGUUUGGCUGCAUCCCGAGUGGUCUAAGCAGUUAACUAACAGACGAUCAGCCACAUAUUCCAUUGGUACUCCACGCGAUACCCAGCUAUUAAGCGUUAACAUACCAGAGGACUACUUUGUGGAUGAGGGAUCUUUUUGGCCAGCUGAGGAGAUGGACUCUCCUAUUCCAUUUGGCUUAACGGUUGCAACCAUACACGAGGCAAACACACUAUGCAAGGUCUGCGUUGACAUAAUCAGCGUCCUCCUCAAUCACGCGUUUAUUCUGGAUGUCGAUCUGGACACCUUCUCCACAUGCGACCCAUUCCGAAAUUUUUACAGUGAACAGCAGUUCGCUUUGAUAGAUAAAUUAUUCACCCCACCCCAAAUGCCUGUUCUAUCGGGCGUUGAUGCCACAACCGAUCCCGAAGUGGUGUUCGCCGCCGCUACCCUCGCGGCAAAAGUCACCACCGUGGCAAGGAAAGCUCAGCUCAAUCAACUCAAGGACUGGAUGCUUAUCCUAAGCUCUGGGGUUUCGCUCCCGUCCUCAGAAAUUGCAGAAAACCCGUUUGAAGUGUUCACCUUGUGUUCAUUACUGCGCAGCCUGGGUGAUAAGGAAUUCACUCCGGUAACGUGGGCUGCUAUUGAAUCCACUUUCUUGGCUGCUUCGAUGAGGGUGCCUGAGGCCUCGCAGCCUGUUCCAGUUGUCCGGCUUGAAGAUGCCUUUCCGAGGGAUCAAGUUCUGCAGGAGUCGAUCCGAGUGUCCGCGUUGCCCGUUGAGGUCCCUAUGGAAGAAACUGGUGAUCCUGAAGAUGGUGAUCAGACUUGCUCGGCCACCAGUUCCAGUCCCCGACUACCGACCCCUAAACGUCGUUCUGUUAGCCCUGGUGGUCCUUUCCAUAUGAAAACCCGGCUAACGAGUAAGCAAUGCGAUGACGAGGCAAUGUCCUUUGCGGAAGGUAAGGAAGAAAAUGUGACUGCAAAGAAAGACCCGUCUGCGGAGAAACACGCGGGGGAUACUACCGGCGACUCAGUUCCAGACAACGCUUCCGUGGGGAGUGCCUCAGAAAAGGACGACCAGGCACUCAUGCUCUAUCUGCACGAUCUUUGGUCGAGUCUCGCUGAUCACGAUCGUUCUCCUCUCCCUCAUCACGUUUCUUCAUUUGAAGAACAGAAGGAACUUAGGGAAUGUAUGGAAAGCCUGUUGAACCGUCUUCACAAUCCCUGUCUGAUAACCGUUGCAAGAUCCGUAACUGACGGCUAUACCCCCCAGGAGCAGAUCAGCGACAUUCAGUUGCGCUUUUUUCAAUCGCUUGACCGGAUCUAUGGGCACCACAUUCUCUCAGUCCUCCUUGACUACGAUGGGUGA